AUGUGGCGGAGAGCGUACCUGUUCCUGGUGCUGGUCCGGCUAUGGUUCGCCCUGUCACCCAGCUACCUGCACCCCGACGAGAAUUUUCAAGGCCCAGAGGUUAUCGCAGGCCAAAUCUUUAGCUACCCGGUACGGCACACAUGGGAAUUCACAAACGAGCACCCGAUACGAAGCGUCUUCCCCUUAUGGCCCGUCUACGGCCUGCCCAUGAUGUUGUUGAGAUGGCUGUGGAUCGGCAACGGCAAGGAUGGCGAGAUUCCCCCAAUCGCAGUCUUUUGGACACUGCGCGUGCUCAUGUUCGUCACCAGCUUUGUGCUAGAAGAUUGGGCUAUCCACGAGCUCAUCAGCUCUCCGCGACACCGUCGCGUUGCUGUGCUUUUGGUCGCCUCGUCAUAUGUCACAUGGACCUACCAAACGCACACCUUCUCCAACUCGGUUGAGUGUCUGGUUGUUGCUUGGUGCUUGGUCUUGAUUCAGCGCAUUGUCGAGAGCCCGCAACAAUCAUCGCUCCUUGCUUCCACAAUUCUCGGCGUAGUGGCCGUCUUUGGAUUGUUCAAUAGGAUUACUUUCCCGGCAUUUUUGUUGAUUCCGGGCCUUCGCUUGAUACCCCAUUUUCUCAAUAGACCCUUGUCGUUCACCGUGAUGGUGUUGGCAGCUCUCACGACUACCUUGGUUGCGAUUACCCUGGAUACGGCAUUUUACCUCCCUGAACCCAUCAAGUGGGCAGACCUCAUCUCACGACCAGUCAUCACGCCACUCAACAACCUCCUGUACAAUAUCGACACAGACAACCUUGCGCAGCAUGGGUUGCACCCUUGGUACCAGCACCUGCUGGUCAACAUUCCCAUGCUGAUCGGCCCAGCUGCGAUGCUGCUCUUUACGCAACCACACGUCUCGUUGCGACUCUAUUCGGCCAUCUCAGGCGUCUUUGUGCUGUCUGUAUUCCAGCACCAAGAAGCUCGAUUUCUGCUGCCGACCGUUCCCCUCAUCCUCUCAUCAGUUCACGUUCCCAAGAAUCGCACUCUCCUACGCGUGUGGAUCGGUGUCUGGCUUGCCUUCAACUUGUUUUUCGGCAUACUGAUGGGUGUCUACCACCAGGGCGGCAUCGUGCCGGGCCAGGUGUUUUUGAGCAAGCAGCCAGAUGCGACUCAGGCUGUCUGGUGGAAGACUUACACGCCCCCCAUUUGGCUUCUGAACGGCAAGAACGAGGUACUCACGACCCGCGAUGUGAUGGGGAUGAAAGGCGACACGCUUCUCGAGGAGCUGACCAAGCUCGCGACUUGCGACACGCCAGCGGAUCGACGCAACUCGGAGUAUCUAAAGGAAAAGAACGGAACAUAUCUGAUUGCACCAGCAUCAGCGACGUGGAUCGACCCUUACCUUCCCAACAAGGGACUCAAAGGCCUGAGAUUCCGCGAGGUGUGGCGGUACAGGCAACAUCUGAACCUGGAUGACCUCGACUUUGGCGAUGAUGGCAUCUGGAACACAUUGACGAGGGUGAUUGGCAGACGAGGGCUCGUCGCCUGGCGUGUGACGAAGAGCUGCAAGUGA